AUGUUUCUUGUACUUAAUGAACUCAAGAAUGUUGGUGAAGACAGACUCGCAAACUUCAACGCUUUGAAAUCAAUUAUAACGGAUAAUGAGAUUAGAAUUAAUGAAAAGAAUCAACCCAGAAGAACUGCUCAGAACGUUGCAAACUUCAUUUUUGUAACUAAUAACGUUUACCCUGUCAAAAUUGAAGUUGGAGACAGAAGAUACGUGGUUUUAAGAGUUAAUGGUAAAUUUAAGGGUCAAUUUGAUUACUUCAAGAAUUUAAUGGAUUCAUGCACAAAGGAAUUUUAUGAUAAUUUACUGACAUAUUUUAUCAAUUACGACCUUUCAUUAUUUAAUGUACGAAUCAUACCGAUGACUGAAGCCAAACAAGAUUUAAUCGAAUUAUCAUCAAAUCCUUUAGAUGUAUGGAUAAAUACACAUUAUGAUGAAUUGUGUGCAGGUAUGACGUGUGAAAAUGCUUUAUUCUGCAAACCAUCAGACAUGAAAGACAAGAAUUUUCAAAUGAGUAUUAAGGAUAAAUGUGAUAGGAAACAUAGAAGAAUAGAUGGUAAACAAACAUGGUGUUAUGUUUUGAAAGAAGAAAUGAAAGGAUUAUAUAAACAGGUUGAACCAAACGAUGAUGAGGAUUCAUUUACUGACGAUGAAAUACCUGUAAAUGAAGCUUUAUAA